GAGCCCGGCCAUGCUGUGCUGGACGUUUGCGCGGCUCCGGGAUCGAAGACGCUGCAGGCCAUUGAGAAGGUGUGCCCUGUUGGCGAAGACACCGCAGGUGCAGUGAUUGCCAAUGAGCUGAGUGCUAUGCGCGCGCGAGUUCUUGCAAGGAGGUGUGCCCUCCUUGGCGCAGCCGCGGGUGCCGUGGCGGUGGUGCAGCACAAGGCGCAGGUCUUCCCAGGUCCCGGUCUCUUCGAUCGUAUCAUUUGCGAUGUGCCCUGCAGCGGGGAUGGCACCAUGCGAAAACAUCCUGAGAAGUGGCGGUCCUGGAGCCCUCACCUUGGUCGGGAGCUCCAUGCCCGGCAGCUCCAGAUUGCUCUCCGCGGACUGGCGCUCCUGCAGGUGGGUGGCCAGAUGACGUACAGCACCUGCUCCUUCAACCCCUUGGAGAACGAGGCCGUGGUGGCCAGCCUCCUUCGUCGGACGGGCGGUGCUGUCGUUCUGAAGCGUCCGCCUGCGCUGGAGGGGUUGCCCGUGCGGCCAGGGUUGCAGCACUGGGAG